ACAGAUGUUGCCCAGCCAAGGGCAGCAGCCCUCGCCUCAUCCCGGAGGCGAAGGGUGGACUCCGAGGGAUAGGGUGCCCGGCCCAGUUACGUAUUUCACUCUUAAAUGCCUCGGUGGCAGGCCAGGGAAAUCACUGGAGCUCUGGCUCACUCCAGGAAGCGCUCGCUGGCUGACCCUGAUUCACGAUGACUAUCUGGAGCAAGUAACUGGCAGAAGUUUUGGUGAUAAAGAUUUUCGGACUGGAUUAGAAAAUGGAAUCCUUCUCUGCGAGUUGCUGAAUGCAAUAAAGCCAGGACUUGUUAAAAAGAUCAAUAGAUUGCCUACCCCCAUUGCAGGAUUGGAUAAUAUUAUCUUAUUCUUGAGAGGUUGUAAAGAGCUUGGCCUUAAAGAAUCUCAACUCUUUGACCCGAGUGACCUCCAGGAUACAUCCAACAGAGUAACAGUCAAAAAUCCUGAUUAUACGAGGAAGCUGAAAAAUGUAUUAGUAACCAUUUACUGGCUGGGAAAAGCUGCAAACAGCUGUACUUCCUACAGUGGUACUACACUGAACCUGAAGGAGUUUGAAGGAUUGUUGGCUCAGAUGAGAAAGGAGACUGAUGACAUUGAGAGUCCUAAACGCAGCAUCCGAGACAGUGGCUACAUUGAUUGCUGGGAUUCUGAGCGCAGUGAUUCCCUCUCCCCUCCGCGCCACGGCAGGGAUGAUUCCUUCGACAGCCUGGACUCAUUCGGCUCCCGCUCCCGGCAGACACCUUCGCCAGAUGUAGUGCUUAGGGGAAGCAGCGAUGGGAGAGGAAGUGACUCUGAAUCCGACUUGCCGCACCGGAAGCUUCCAGAUGUGAAGAAAGAUGACAUGUCUGCGCGGCGGACUUCCCACGGUGAGCCAAAAUCAGCAGUGCCUUUUAACCAGUACCUCCCGAAUAAAAGCAACCAGACGGCCUAUAUCCCUGCUCCUCUGAGAAAGAAGAAAGCAGAGCGAGAGGAAUACCGGAAGAGCUGGAGCACCGCCACCUCCCCCCUGGGCGGGGAGCGGCCCUUCAGUUAUCCUGAAACUAUAGAGGAGGAAGGAAGUGAAGCAAGUGAAGACCCUCUUGGCCACACGUAUCCUGGGGGUCAGCCUUGUGACACUGGGCUAGAAUCACCCCACAGCAGUGGUAAGGAGUGGAUGCCUGCAGAGGGGACUGUGGGGGCUCCAGCCCCCAAGUCUGAAGACAAGGAUUCUACUGAAACCCAAAAGCGCAGAAGGCUAGAGCAAGCUGGAAUCAAGGUCUUGCCUGCAGCACAGCGUUUUUCCAGUCAAAAGCAAUUAAGUGAAGAGAGAGAAGCUAUUCGUGAUAUUAUCCUUUGCAAGGAAAAUUCUUUCCUGACUAACCAACAUGGCAAAGAUUCAGAGUCCGAAGAGGAAGUUGCUUGUCGACUGCCUGACCUUGAGAAAGAUGACUUUGCUGCAAGGAGAGCAAGGAUGAACCAAACCAAGCCUUUGGUGCCAUUGAAUCAACUCCUCUACGGACCUUAUCGAAGAAAAGAUGCAGAGAAGUCAGAUGGCAACAAACAACUCUCAAAGAGAGCUUCAGAAAAGAAAAGUCUAGAAUAUAAAAGAAGCCAGGGCCAAACAGAAGAGGUGAAGUCGGUUGUGACCUGUGUUAUCCGAGCUCAGAAGAGUGAACCGGUGCAGGAAGGGCUCCGGAAGGUGCCAGACCUGCACAAGGAUGACCUGGCCCAGCGGAGAAUUCAGGGCUGCCUUGCCCCUCACCGCAAGCCUCUGAGUUUCAUCACACUCUCCACUAUUACUGAAGCCGACUUGGAGACAUGGCAGAGACUGCGAGUGUCAGAAAAGACGAGGGAUGGAGAUGCUCAGCACAUCUGUGUCCCUGAGCCUUCACCAGAAAUCAAUGCAGAAACUGCCAUCCAUGAUGACUUUGCCACCCGAAAAGCCAGGGCCUAUAUGAAAUCUUCCAGCCCAAGGCAAAAGUUUGUGCACUUUGGGCCAGUGACAGAGAUAGAUCAGCAGAAAUGGAGGCGGCUCAGCAUUGGCAUGGCUGGGCCUAGGGAGGAUGUGAAAGAAGUUGCCAAUCAGGACAGCAAGAGUCAAACUUAUUCUGUGUCCUCUGCCUCGGAGGCUACUUCCGGCUUAAAGGAAGAUCAAAUGCUUAAUCCACAAAAUGACUCCAGGAUCGUGAAUUCUGGCUCAGACAAUUGCGAAAGGGUCUCGUGGCUGGCUCCUGUGCCAGAGUCUGAGGAGGAGCAGGUCUCCAGCUUGGGCAAGGGCCCAAGGAGGCCAGAGCAAGUUAUAUCCAAACAGCUGCCACAGGAUGGCAAAGAAGGAAAUGAAGGAGUAGCUCAAAGGGAUUCUGUGAUGCCGCCAAAGGCAGCAGGUUCAGUGGCACUCAGUCAGCCCCUAGCAUGUACUCUGGCUUCUGCAUGGGAGUCUUCAGGUACAGAAGAAAAGUCAGAGGUGAUGACAGCUCCUGUCUGGAGUGGCAAUGGACUGAAAGGCCAAAGAAAGUUGACUGAUUCAUGAAAAGAUGGCGUGAUAACCAGAAGAAUUGGGAUGUCGCCCAGACCCACUGGAUCUAACCCAAACCAGUUCCUUCCAGUUCUACUUGCAAAGCAGCUAGAUAUGGAAGAAUCUGCCAAGAGUCUGCACAUGACUGGUCAGAAAUACGGUUCAAGAACUCCUGUGUCAGAUGACGCAGAGAGCACGAGUAUGUUUGACAUGCGGUGCGAGGAGGAGGCCGCGGUGCUGCCGCACAGCAGGGCCCGUCAGGAGCAGCUGCAGCUGAUAAAUAACCAGCUGAGGGAAGAGGACGACAAGUGGCAAGACGACCUGGCUCGUUGGAAGAGUCGGAGAAGAAGUGCUUCUCAGGACUUAAUCAAGAAAGAGGAAGAAAGGAAAAAAAUGGAGAAGUUAUUGGCUGGAGAAGAUGGGAAAAGUGAACGAAGGAAAAGCAUCAAAACCUACAGAGAAAUCGUCCAAGAAAAGGAGCGGAGAGAGAGAGAGCUGCAUGAGGCCUAUAAGAACGCGAGGUCCCAGGAAGAGGCGGAGGGGAUCCUUCAGCAGUACAUCGAGAGGUUCACAAUCAGUGAGGCUGUCCUUGAACGCUUGGAGAUGCCAAAAAUUUUGGAAAGAAGCCAUUCAACAGAGCCAAACUUAUCCUCCUUCCUGAAUGACCCCAGCCCUAUGAAGUAUCUGCGGCAACAGUCACUGCCUCCGCCCAAAUUCACUGCCACCGUUGAAACCACCAUUGCUCGUGCCAGUGGUCCGGAUACCAACGUGUCAGUAGACAGUGGGUCUCCAAGCAAAACUGUCACUCCCAAAGCAGUGCCUAUGCUGACCCCCAAGCCUUACUCCCAGCCCAAAAACUCCCAAGAGGUUCUGAAGACCUUUAAGGUAGAUGGGAAAGUCAGCAUGAAUGGAGAGACAGUCCACGGAGAUGAGGAGGAAAAAGAAAAAGAGAAUUCCACAGUGGAACCCGGCCUCUCCUUAACCAGAUCCCAGAUGUUUGAAGGGGUGGCCAGAGUACACGGGUCCUCAGUGGAGGUGAAACAAGACAAGAACAGCAUUGAGAUCAACAUCAAGAAGCCAAAUUCUCUUCCCCGGGAGCUGACAGCAACCGCUGAGGAAACUGAACGGAACACCCAAGAUGAUGAAAAUGAUGAACAAGCAAGAAAAGGAAAUGCAGAGUUUGCCUCAUCAGAGUCACAGCAUUUUACGACAACUGUGACUCGAUGCAGCCCGACCGUGGCCUUUGUAGAAUUCUCCUCCAGCCCCCAGCUAAAGAGCGAUGUGGCAGAAGAAAAAGAUGGGAAGAAGCCGGAAAAUGAGAUGAGUGGAAAGGUGGAGUUGGUACUGUCCCAAAAGGUGGUAAAGCCAAAAUCCCCAGAACCAGAAGCAACUCUGAUGUUUCCAUUUCUGGACAAAAUGCCUGAAACCAACCAGCUACAUUUGCCGAAUCUCAAUUCUCAAGUGGAUUCUCCAAACAGUGAAAAGUCUCCUCUAACUACACCUUUUAAGUUCUGGGCAUGGGAUCCAGAAGAAGAGCGGCGGCGACAGGAAAAAUGGCAGCAGGAGCAGGAACGUCUGCUUCAGGAGCGGUACCAGAAGGAGCAGGACAAGCUAAAAGAAGAGUGGGAAAAGGCCCAGAAGGAGGUGGAGGAAGAAGAACGCAGAUACUAUGAGGAGGAGCGUAAGAUAAUUGAAGACACUGUGGUUCCGUUUACUAUUUCUUCAAGUUCUGCAGACCAGCUGUCUACGUCCUCUAUCACUGAAGGCAGCGGAACCAUGAAUAAAACAGAUUUGGAAAACUGUCAUGAUGAAGAAAGAGAGAGGAAACACAAGGAACCACUCCAAAGGAAUGAUAAUGACAUAUUGCAUAAAACAAAGGAAAGUGAUCUGCUGGAGGAGAAGGGCAGCCUGUCGCAAGGGCCAUGGGCUUCUUCUGAGAAUUUGGCAUCAAAAGGAAUCCAUCAGGACCAUCAGCUGGAUACAGAGGUUGGGGCCCUAUCCUGCGGGACAAACCCACAGCUAGCUCAGGAUCCAUCCCAGAAUCAGCAGGUAUCAAACCCAACAACAUGCAUGUCAGAAGAUGUGAAGCCAAAAACCCUCCUGCUGGAUAAAAGCAUUAACCACCAGAUUGAGUCUCCAAGUGAAAGGCAGAAGAAAGGCCCUCGAGAGAACUUCCAGGCUGGGCCCUUGUCCCCCUGUCCUCCCUCUCCUCCUGGCCAGUCACCAAACAGGUCCAUAAGUGGGAAGAAGCUGUGCUCUUCCUGUGGGCUUCCCCUGGGUAAAGGAGCUGCGAUGAUCAUCGAGACCCUCAGUCUCUGUUUUCACAUCCAGUGCUUCAGGUGUGGAAUUUGUAAAGGACAGCUUGGAGAUGCACUGAGUGGCACGGAUGUCAGGAUUCGAAAUGGUCUUCUAAACUGUAAUGAUUGCUACAUGCGAUCCCGAAGUGCUGGCCAACCUACAACACUGUGAUGUGGUUUUCAAGCUUUCGAUCAAUGACCAUUACUUUAUGGAGGGUGUCCCCUGGCAAGUGCUUAACAAAAAGUUCAGGGGCUCCUCAGCAUUCAUCUGAUUUCUGAAAGGCUCUUCUGAAAGGUGGUAUCUGUUCUUUUGUAGCAGUGUUUGUGUUUUCCUGGUUUUUUGUGGGGCUUUUUUUUUUUUUUUGCAUUUGCACAGUAUAUACAAAAACAUUAAAUUGUAAUGAUCUUGAACAGUUCAAAAAGUUGUUUUAAUGUUAUCAAACAGGCUUACCAUUUAAAAUGUGUUAUUUUCUUCUUUGGGAAGUAGUUAAGGAUGCAAUAAAACUGUUGUUUUAGUAUUUCUAGAUAUUAAACACUUUAUGUUUACAGAAUUGAGCUGCAGAAAGUGCAAGACAUGCCAAUUUUACUGGUCUUCUAAGGCAGGAGCAUAAAUGUAAUGCAUUUCAGAAAAAUUAAACAUCACAAUGAGCUCUAUCUCUGAGCUAUAACUUGUUUUUAAUUCAUAGACACUAGUCUGAUAAUAUAUACUGUAAUCCUGAAAACAUUUGUGUUACUUACCUUUCAAAGUAGCAGUUAUACCAAUAAAUUAUUGCACUGUUAGUAUUAGAUUUUGUGUAUCUUGGAAGUUAUGUCAUUAAUAUAGGCUGGUUCAUCAAACACAGAGGACCCUUGCAAUAUCAGCUAAACUUACACUCGGGGACAUUGCCCAAGGAUAGGAAGGAACCAGGGGGGAUCUCAGCGAUUGUCUCCAAACCUAUCUAGGAAAGUCUAUGAGGAAGUUUAAUCUUCAGAAGAGUGGCAGAUCAGUGGUAGCCCUGAGGCCCACAUGGCUUGCUUCUCUCUGAGCAAUGGAUUAGGAAUCUUCAAUAAGGGGCUCAUUUAAGGUGUGUGGGAUGUGAAGCAUGGAGGUAAAUCUGUCAUUAGGUGUGACCACUGCUUACCCUUGAAGGCCACAGGCACAGAUAUUCAAAGUAAAACAUGAAGUCCAUCCUAAGAGAAUUCAGAGGCCAGGACGUAACAAGCCACUGUGUGUGACCAGCAAGAGGCUGCCGCUCAGAUUGUUCUCUGUCUACUCUGACGGAUGCAUGUGCACCCUCAUUUUCCCACAUCACCUUCUUUACUCUGAGGAAUUGUGGACUUUGCUCAUGGAGUUUAGUAAAGAACUUUUGUAGAGAUCUGGCUUAUUUUCUUCCUUGCGUGAUAAGUUUCAGCUGGACAAGAAAGAAAUCACGUGACUAAAAACCAUCAAACUUUGCAUCUCCAGGAUAUUUUCUUUAAGACUGGGCAAAGGGGGACUAUUUAUUCUGCCUUAAAAUGAUGGCAAAUAAGUGAAGAUAACAUUUUGUGAAUGUAGACUGUGGGUACACUCCUAGUAGGUUAAUGUAGUCAUAAAAGGAGAUCAAGUAGAUGUGUUUCUGUUAUGUGAGCAAUAUUUUUUUCUGUGUCUUAUUGAGUACGGCUAGCAAUUAUUUAUUUCUAUGCUCGAUGGUCCUUUGCAUGUGGGUUCAUGUAGGCGCAGAUAUUUCCUCAGCCACUGGAGGUAUUUUGACCACUUUAUCAUCUGGACGAGCUGUUAUUGGAUUGAAAUUUACACAUCACUUCAUUAAAAAAUUGUGCCUUAGAAGACGCAAAGCUGCUGCAUAUAGUCAGCAGUGAAUUAUAGAUACAGUACAUUGAAGACAUGAAGUCAUUUCCAAAUUCCCAUGACUUCUCAUGGAGAUGUUUGCUGUUUUACAGGGGGAAAAAAUGAAAAAGAAAAAAUUAAAAACAAUUUUUAAAUGUACAGAUUAAGUCCAAUAUUUUGAUUAACCACCUGCAUGUUUUAUUAAAUAUUUUGAUAAUGUGGAUGUUUACACUUUGCAUGAUACUAGCAGAGUACUUUACCAUAAAUGAUGCACAAAACAUGUACAAUGUGGUCAUUCAUAACCAAUUUUUAUAGAGUACUUUUUACAAGUGGAAUUACAUCCAUUAUGUAAGGAUCAUGUGAAUAUUGCACAUUAUCUUCUGGUUUCACACACCCAUUUAUACAUAUUUCUUAGUGAUACUCAUUGUACAUGUAUUGAAACUAGAAGCAAGUCAAGAAAAAUAAAGCCGCGUUCUCCAACUGCAAAACAUGCAUUCCCAUAAUGAACACUA